AUGCGGAUCCGCUAUCCUUUCGCCGGUGCUUUUCUCUUCCUACUCAUCUUAGCUGGCUACAUCGGCCUUCUCCCACACAGCACUGCUUCCACCAUUCCUACUCAGCUACAACCAAAUGACAAAUUCCUUCACCUAUUCGUCUUUUUCCUGCUCUCCCUUACCUUCUACUGGAUUGUGGACACUUCGCGCCGGCGCGCGCUACACUUGACUCUGCUGGUCUGCACGCUUGGGCUCGGCCUCGGCUCUGAAUUGCUACAGAGUUUCCUCCCCAAUGAUCGGCCCUUUGAUCCAUUUGACAUUGUUGCCAAUGGUGUCGGCAGCCUGGGUGCUAUUGGCAUCUGUGGCUGGUAUCAUCGCCGCAUGAUCGACCGGCGCCGGAAGAACCGCUUUGGAUUGAUGGAGGGAUCUCCCGAUGAUGUUGAGCUAGGAGUCGGAGUCGGGGGCGAUGAUUCCCGCGAGUCAGAAGGACUUGGUCCUCAGGAGUCUGGAGUGAUGACGCUGGAGCAGGAAGUGGAUAAUUGGGAUGAGAAUGCCGUUGACAACUGGGACACCGAGGAUGGUCCCGGACCUGAGUCUCAUUCGGCUCCUCCCGCCUACCAUGAGGGUCGCAAACCCAGUUCUAGCAGUGGGCAGGAGUCUGGGGAAGCAAAGCGGAGCGAUUAA